UGGGCUCUGGUGAGUUGGGGUUUGCUGUGUUGGGGUCUGAGGGCUGGCGCUGGGCGCCGGAGGCGGCCGCAGGCCUCGCCCCCCCCCAGCGGCGCAGGUGCAGGCGCCGCCCCUCGCCCCCCGCCCGGCCCCUCCCGGCCGCGCUCGGCUCCUGUCGGCUCCUGUCGGCUCCUGUCGCCGCCCCUCGCCUCCCUUCGGCUGCGCUCGGCCCCGCUCGGCCCCGCUCGGCUCCCGGCGGCGCUGCGGCAGGAUGCGGGGCUGCGGCGCGCUGCGGGGGCUGCCGCUGCUGCUGCUGCUGCUGCUGCUGCCCGGCACCGCCACCGGCACCAACACCGCCACCAACACCGGCACCGGCACCUCCACCGGCACCAACACCGGCACCGGCAGCGCCCCGGCAGGGAACUUCUUGGAGGAUGAGCAGUGGCUGUCCUCCAUCGCGCAGUACGGCGGCCGCAUCCGGCACUGGAACCGCUUCCGAGACGAGGUGGAGGAUGACUACAUCAGGAGCUGGGAGGACGGGCAGCCCACGGAUGAAGCGCUGGACACCACCAAGGACCCGUGCCAGAAGGUGAAAUGCAGCCGGCACAAGGUGUGCGUGGCGCAGGGCUACCAGCGCGCCAUGUGCAUCAGCCGCAAGAAGCUGGAGCACAGGAUCAAGCAGCGCGGGGGCUGCAAGCCCUGCCACGCCGCCCCGCUGGCGCCCGUCUGCGGCUCCGACGGCCACACGUACAGCUCGGCGUGCAAGCUGGAGCAGCAGGCGUGCCUGGCUGGCAAGCAGCUGACAGCGCGGUGCGAAGGGCAGUGCCCCUGCCCGGCCCCCGCUGACAGCAAGCAGGAGCUGUGCACGGGGCAGGACCUCGCCGACCUGGGCGAGCGGCUGCGCGACUGGUUCCAGCUGCUGCGGGAGAACGCCAAGCACAACGGCUCCGGCAGCGGCCCCCCUGGCACCGCGCUGGCGGCCGGCUGCAAGGAGGCGGUGGGGUGGAUGUUCGGGCGGCUGGACACCAGCGGGGACCGGUACCUGGAGCAGCCCGAGCUGGCGGCCAUCAACCUGGACAAGUACGAGGCGUGCGUGCGCGCCUUCUUCAACUCCUGCGAUGCCUCCCGGGACGGCCGCGUCUCCGCCGCCGAGUGGUGCUUCUGCUUCUGGAGGGAAAAGCCGCCGUGCCUGCGGGAGCUGGAGAGGCUGCAGAUGCAAGAAGCCGCCCAAAAGGCACCGGGCGCCUUCGUCCCCAGCUGCGACGAGGAUGGGUACUACCGGCGGGCGCAGUGCGCGCCGGGCGGCGGGGAGUGCUGGUGCGUGGACCAGCAGCACGGCACCGAGCUGAGCGGCACCCGCGCCCGCGGCCGCCCCGACUGCGAGGACACCACCGGCUUUUCGGGAGACUUCGGCAGCAGCGUGGGCUGGGAGGACGAGGAGGAGAAGGAGCCCGAGGAGGCCGCUGAGGAGGCUGAGGAAGAGGAGGCCGAGGCGGGCGAGGGCGACGACGGAGGCUACAUCUGGUAGAAGCGGAGGGGGGGAGGCACGGCCCGGGGCGGGGGCAGCCUCCCCUCCCCGGAGCCCCCCCCCCAGAACAGCGCGUGGGGGGCAGCCCCCCCGGCCCCAGGGGUGGGAUGGGGCGAGGGGGCGCUCGCCCGGGCCGGCCCCACGGCGGGCAGGGGGGGUUUGGGGGGGUUGGGGGGAAGCAAGCGAGCGGCGUGGGGCCGAGCUCGCACCCCCCUCCCUUUGCGCUUUUUUAUUUUAUUUUAUUUUAUUUGGGGGGGGUAGAACCUAGCGUGGUCAGCGACGGCACUAAUAAAUGAAAAUUGGGACAGAAAAUGGGGAAAAAGAAACAAAACCAACCAGAAUCCACCCCCCACCCCCAAGCUGCCCCCCUAACCUUGCCCCCUCCAUCUCCGUGCUGUGCUCGCGCUGCUGCGGUGUUGUGAAAUAAACGCCCCGUGCUGUGUCCAACA